AUGGGCUACAUAACAAAUGGUGACUGUCAAUCAAUUUUGAACGAUACGUUAAAUUUAGAAUUAGAGAACUCUACUAUUCUUGUUGGGAGUAUUGAUGUAAAACGUAAGUAGAAAAUUAAAUUAAGUCGUUUUGAAAAUGGGAAUUUGAGAUAUUCCGCGCAAUUCAUGUUGCGAAAUUGGAUGAAGUAUAAAAAUUUAGUUGUCUUCUUUUGGUAACUUUUUUACGUGGAAAUGCAUUGCAAACCGUGAAUCUUAUAUUUUAAGGAAUAUUUAGUACGGAAAAUAUCUAAAUUGUUUCUAACUAUCAAUACAAAUAUUGAUUUGGAGCGUAUAUGGUACCUGGACAAAAAAUUUAAAUGAUACGUUUUAUAAAAGUAUGAAAAAGUUUUGCGAUUUAAUUGUGGCCUAAAAUUUAAGACACUUUGUUCUGAGAAAAAUAUGGUAACGUGUGUUCUGUAACUUAAAUCUAAAACUUCCAUUGAUUUCUUUUCAAGUUAUAAAAUAACGGGUGGGGACUAAAAAUGCGGACUCAAAAAUUUUUUCCGGACAUACCAAAAAAAUUUUUUCGGAUAUAUCCAAAUUUCCUAAAUAUGAAAAAAAGUUUCCGGAAAUACCAAAACAUUUUUCGGACAUUUGAUAUUUUUCCCGGAAAUUAAAAUUUUUUUUGGAAAAUAACAUAAAUUCAAGUGCUUUUUUAAAGUGCCCUUUGGGCAAAAGAAGGCAAUCCUUAAAACAUUUUUCACGCAAGAAAAGGGCACUUUGCUCCCGGAAAAAUGGCACUUGGCAAAACUUGGGUUCCUACGCCCCUGUUGAUGGGAGAUGUCCUUGAAAUUUCUACGCACAAUGAAUUAAGGAAAUAUAUCUAAGGCGUUGGUGCCAUCAUGUGACAAUUUUCGUUUCCAAAUAAUGACUUAUAUGGCAUCGGUAUGAACACUGUGGGCACAAUCUUUCAGAUCAGCUUUAGUGUUAUCUAUAUCUCCAGUCUCCACAGUGGUUUUUCAUGGAAGAUCGUGCUUUUUCAGGCUUGUCCAAAGCGAUUUUUACUCCAUCUGACAUUUCUAUCUCUAUUUUCUCUAUAAAUAAGCUUCCUAAAGCAAUUUUGAUAUUCCGUAAGUAUGAGGUACAGUAAUGCCAUUUCGUAUGCGUUCUUGGGGUCUCCAAUUAGAUGUGUCAAACUCAUUUUACAGUUGGUUUUAGAUUGUCCAUUUUUAGUUGAGCAUAGUCAUGGAAGUUUAGGUUUCUCGUUUUUGAAAAUGGAAGCUAGGAAAUUUUGUUUCCGACUCACGUAAUUGUAAAAAUUGUUCAAUGACAAUGUUGUAAUAAAUAUAUCAAAUUUCUCAAUAUUUCCUUCUUUCAGCUUUGACAGUAGUGUUGUGUCGGUUUACGAAAUCAAAGUGGUGUCAAAGUGACAAUAGCAUAGUCGAAGUUCGCGGUUGGCGUUAUGUACAUGAUUCAUUAAAUAAUGGCGGUGAGUGUCAAUCAUUUUAAACUUUUAUAUCUCGUAAAUGCUGCUUUACUGAUGUUUGGGGACUUAAGAACCCUUUUAGCCCGAUGACCGCUUGAUUCUUUUUUCCAAAAGAACAAAGAUGGCAUCCUAUACCAUGCCUAUUUGAAAAUGAAGAGAUACACUAAAAACGCUUUGGUUAAAAUUUUUCUACCAGAUGUCCCCCAAAAAAACUAGACACUGUUUGAUUUUAUGUAACUUAAAAUCUAUAAAAGCUGUCGUAAUGAAAUAAAGAUCAAUUUACAUGCAAUAUUGAGCGCGAUACAACCAAAAAAAUUAUUAUUUAACAAGUAUGCGAAUUUUUGGCAUUUUCAAAAACAGCAGUACAACGUUCAAACAUGUGCUAUAUAUCAAUAUCUACGUUAGCCCUUUCUGAAUAAAAUGAUCUUUAUUUCAUUGCACGCGAUAGCUGUUAUAGCUUUUACGUUACAUGAAAUGAAACAGUGUCCAGUUUUUUGGGGAUACCCGGUAGUUGCUCAAGAUAACCCUUUUUGGGUUAAAUGUUCUGGUUAUUGUAACCUUUUUCCUACCAUAGCUGCAUGGUAAAUAUGAAUAGAAUUUCCUGAUCAAACUACCUAGACUAUGCAAGGUGGACUCUGGUUAUAUAUCCACAUAGUAUAGUAUAGUUAUUUUGACGAGGACGUCCUGCCAAAUAUAAUCAGAAUAUCAGAUACCUGGUUAAAACAGGAAAUAUCAAGUAAUACCAGGGACAUCAAGUAAUUAACCCAAUAUAGUGUUUAACCUAAAUUUGUUGCGCUGAUGCCUUUUAUACUUUAGUUCUAACUUGAAUCUUUUUCAGGAAAAAUGCACUCUUUGGCCAGUAUCGAGAACAUAACGUCAUGGUUUUCCUACAAGUGGAUUCCAUAUAACUCAAUUGUCAGUAGAACUGGAGUAUGUAUGAAAUUUCAAUUCAAAAUGACUGGAAAUAACAAUACCUUAUCAUUGUCUGUUCAAACCUUCUCUGGUAACACAACAUUGAUUUGGAGUCUACAUGGUAACCAUGACAACAUAUGGAAAACUGGUGUCAUAACAUAUCGACCAAAUGAAAUAUUAGCGGUAGGUCAAGCUAUUGCUUUUUCUGUUUGUUUGCUUUUCCUGUUUGUUUGCUCCUUCGUUCCUUUUUAUUGCUUUUUUUCAAGUGUGUUCGUUGAUUUGAGUUCAUUAUCUAAUUUUAUUUAGCCCAUUAAAUUCCAUUGCGCCUUACUUUAUUCUGUCUAGCGCCAGACGAUUUUAAUCAACAAGGGGAGCACCUUGGCGCUCAACGGGUUAAAUCCAUUGACUGGUCAAAAUAACCAACAGUUUGUUUUCUGCAAUCACUUAAAGUGACACCAAUACUCUAACCAAUCCAAGUGUUCAAAUAGGGUAAUAAAAUACGAAAUGUUUUAUGAAAUUAAUUAAAGAGUUCGAAUUAAGUAGUUUCUGUCUAGUUGAUCAUUUGAAAAUUAAAUCUUACAAAAUUCAAUAUUCAUGGUUAUGUGCCUAACACCAUUAAUUUUUGCUCUGAUGUGUUUCCCACCAACCUGCAGAAAUCUUAGGACAUUUUUAUUCAAACGAAAUCUUGAACAUUAUAAGGACCACAAGCCAUCAGUUUAAAAUUAGGCAGGUGGGACUUCUAUUAAAAAAUCCAAUUUUAAAAAGGCAAACAGUUCCCUGCUUUGAUAAGUCAGAUAUCAAUGGACUAAAACGACAUAGCCAUAGGAUAAUUAUUUUAUCCAUGCAUGCAGUAGAACAAUCCAGAACAUCUCUCAAAUUAAGCUAAAAGUUUCAAUUCCAAUAAAUAGUGGGUGACUGCAUGCAGCAUUUUCUGACACCCUGUAUUUUGUUUGAAAUCAAUAUUUAAUUGUUUACUUGUUUGUUUUCUGCUAUCUAUUGAUGUGUUAUUUUCAGUUAAUUUUUGAUGGCAAAAUAAGCGAGCCAAAUACCAUUGUUGCUAUAGCAAAUGUUUCAGUCACGACGGAAACGUGUAUGGGUCACGGAACUGCAGUAUAUCCUUAUUUUGCUGAUCCAGGUAAACAAACUCUACCGCAUGUUGUUUCUCCCGUUUCAUAUGAAAUUCAUACCAUGUCUAUGGAAUUUGCUUGCGAUUGCAUCACUAAAAUGGAAAUUGCAAUUAGUAUAUGAAAAUUGCUAUUUUUUCAUGCUAUUUUCAUCGUGAAGUAAAAGUUUUGAAAACAAUUUCAUGCAGUCUUUGAUUUAGUGAAACGAGAAAAUCAGAAGAGCUAUCUAGCUCAAAUUGGUUUUAAUGUAUCCAGAAAGGUCUAACAUAAAUUCUGAUGCAUUAUAAUAAGAUUUUCGUGCGAUAUAUAACUGAGCUAUUGAUGUUUUAAAACGAGCAAACAUUUUUAACAACGCGAAAAUUAGCUUAAAAUGGCCAGAUAUUAAAUAAAUACGAUUUGGUUAAUAUAGGCUAAUCGUUUUAUUUUGUAGUAAAAAUGCAUGUGCAGCAUAAUUGUUUAAAAUAUUAAUAGCUAUUUGUUCAACUGAAGAAGCUUGUCUUCUAUAUAUGUUGGAGUUUCCUCCAAAUACAAGCGGCUAAUGAUAUUUUUUAGUUAAAUUAAAGUUAAUUAGCUCUUCAACAUGGUCGCGAUGACGUCGAGUGCAACCAAGUAUAAUAUGGCGUUACAAAUUAUAUUGUCAAUGUUUUAGACUACAAGUGUGCAUCGGAUAGGUAUCUCUGUGAUAAUGGGGAGUGUAUCAGUCGAAGUUUGGUAUGUGAUGGAGAUAAAGGAUGUUCUGAUAAUUCUGAUGAAACAUACUGUCAAUGUUUAACUGAUCAGUUCAGGUGUGAGAGGUCAGGAGAAUGUGUGAAUACAAGAUUGUUAUGUAAUGGCUUUGCAAACUGUGAAGAUGCUAGCGAUGAACAAAGCUGUUGUAAGUCCUUACCAAUUUUUAUGCCAUUAUUUGUUGCAUAUUAUAGUUUCUAAUUCCUCGCCCGCCUGCCUUCUUUAGCACCAUUAUAAUACAAACAAGAACAUUCGUUUUACCAAUUUCUUUCCAAAAUACAUUUUGGUCCCUGCUUUGACGUUUUUUCAAACCUCAAGUAGGCAACAUAUCACUUUACAUUAACUAAUAUUAAUGAGAAUUUAAGACGGAAAAUUUUGGUAAAUGACUUUGGAGACUUCGGAGAAACUUUGGAGAAAGCUCCUGAUGCGGAGAAACUCGUAUGCAACAAUCGUGGUCUUAUACUUCCAAUUUCAUUUUAAUUUUGUAUGAACAAUGGCCUGUAGACAACAUAAAAUAAAUUCUAUGAUUUUCGUCACUACAAUUUAUAUAUCAAUAAAUAAGAAAAAACAGUUGCUAAUAUAUAUUUCUGUGAUUUCCGAAUUGAAGUACGAUUGUCACAAUCCGAAGUAAACAUAUUACAUUGUAUACAUUUCCGUUACCUCCAACGUAUCUCCAUAACUGAAGCUCAAGCUGAAUUCGAAGAUUAUUAUUUUAAAAUGCAAUGAAAUUUCUUUCAAAGGUUGUUCUAUUUGUCAAGGUUGGCAGUCUGAAAUAAAAUAUAUCAGUGAUGAUGAACAGCAUUUCAUUUUCUAUUUUGCAUUUGUUUGAGUUUGGCACUUUGAGAUAAAAUAUAUCAGUGAGGAUAAACAGCAUUUCAUUUUAUUCUUUCAGUGAUUUAUUUCAUAAAAUGUAAAAUCCCGCGUAUAGUUAGUUAAAGAAGAGCUAAGCUACUAUACUAAUCUAGAUCCCACAUCGAAUGAUCCAAAUGUGCUAUGGAAUGAAUUUAAGAACAACUUUCUUACUAUUGCUGAAAAACACGCGCCAGUUAGACAGCGUCGCGUUAAGAGUGAGCAUAAACCAUGGCUGACGAAAGAAAUAAAGCGUUUAAUGCAUCAUAGGGAUUAUCUUAAAAUACAGAGUGUUCGUUUAACAUCGAGUAAUUAUAACGAGGCCUACAAAAGAUGCAAGAAUAAAUUAAAUAAGCUUAUUAAAAAGACUAAGGAAGAAUACUUUAAAACGAAGUUAUCUAAUGCAAAUAAUAGCAAAGAGAGUUGGCAGGCUAUUAAUGAGCUAUUAAACAAAAGGCCCAAAACUACCCAUGUAACACAGCUAAAUGUAGAUGACCAAGUUAUAACUGGAGACACAAAUAUUGCGGACUGUUUUAAUCAGUAUUUUUCAUCCAUCGGUUGUAAGCUGUCGAAAAAUGUCCAAAAUAUUAAUGUUGACCCUAUGACAUUUGUCACUCCUACGGAGAGUUCGUUUCAUUUUUCAUGUAUUUCAGUCCAAGAGACUUUUGACGCAUUAAACCAACUUAAUUCAAGGAAAUCACCAGGACUGGACGGCAUAAGUGUAAAACUAUUAAAAGAUACAAGCGAUGUUAUCGCGCAACCAUUAGCCAACAUCUUUAAUCUAUCUCUUCAGACUGCAAUUUUUCCGGACGAGUGGAAAAUCGCCAACGUAUCACCAGUCUUUAAAGAAGGGAAUAAAACUGAUUGCGGAAAUUAUAGACCAAUCUCUGUAAUUUCUGUGGUUGCUAAGCUGUUUGAAGGGCUAGUGUACAAUCAAUUGAGAACGUUUAUUGCCGACAAUAGCAUUCUUGUAGAGCAACAGUCCGGUUUUCGUUUACAGCACUCUACUGAGACGGCACUCUUAGGUUCGACAAAUGAGUGGUUAUAUAACAUGGACAAUGGCUUAAUCAAUGGAGUCCUGUUCUUGGACUUGAAAAAAGCUUUUGACACUGUCGACCAUGAAAUCUUAUUAAAGAAACUUCACCUAUACGGCAUAAAAGGAACUACUUACGCAUGGUUUGAAUCUUACAUCCAAAAUAGGAAAUCGAUUUGUUUAAUGAAAGGGAAAAAAUCACAUGCUAGAGAAAUUAGGUGUGGG